CUUCUUGUUAAAUUUGAAUUAUGUAAACCGUGCAAGUUUCCGUCCGACUGAAAGACGUUUGUAAGACGUCGUAUAAGACGUCUUAUAGACCAAACCAAGACACAAAAAUGACGUCUUUCAGACGUCGUGUGCUAUCUGGGAUACAGAUAGGUCUUUUGCCUUCUAGGUUGCACGGGGCCCUGGUGGUCCACUAUUUCAGCGUAUUCAAUUCGUUUUUCGAAUUCUUCCUAAGUCUGACCAGUGAUGAUAACGAUGUAAUAGAGAGAUGUACAAAAUGUAUCGAAGACGAGCUUACCAAAUUAACUGACGUACUCAAAGAGAAUACUUUGAAAAAACCGAACGACUUUUUUGAUAAGCGGAAAUCGAUGGAGGUCGCUGUCAAUUGUGUUGAGGUAUUGAGUGUAUCGUCGGUUGCAUGCGCCUUCUGUAGCGAAUUAAUAAAACCGUUGCAGGCAAAAAAGGGCAAACGAAAGCAUCCCGAACCGAAAGGCAAGGACCACGUCCAAAGGAUAUCGGACAAACUCAAAUCGGAGAUGAACUCUUUUUGUGAUAUUUUACAAGACUUUGUCGAUGCGAGUCCGGAGGAGACACUAUAGGUACAUAAAAAAAUCUCAAUUUGACCGUCAGCGAGAAUGUAUUCGAAAAAAUUUUACAUAGUUAUACAAUUUCCAAUAAGGAGAUGCAACUUAUUUUGAAAACCAAAAUCAAAUUGUUGACGUAGAAGGGCGAAGGCUCUUUGUUUUUUGUUUUUAUUGUUUGUAAGUAUUGUAAAAUAAAAGAACGGUUUUUACAA